AUGUCUUGGUUACAAAACAAUUCCAAUAUUAAAAUUAAAGCGCUUCUUUAUGGUCAUCAGGAUUUUAUUCGUGUUGUGAAAGUUUGUCCAUUCACCAAUCAAGCAAUUACUGGAUCAAAUGAUCACACAGUUCGAACAUGGAACGUUAAUCAAGGAGUUUGUGAUAGAAUUUUAAUUGGUCAUGAUUCAACUGUUUCCUGCCUAACUGUUCUCCGAAAUAAUUUAAUAAUAUCUGGAGGUGCUGAUCACUCUAUUAGACUAUGGGAUUCAAGAAAUGGAGUUGGAUCGGAGUGUGUUGGUAAAUUACAACAUGUUUCUGGAGUGAAUGAUUUAACAUGUUGGAGUGAUUUAAAUGAUUUUUCAAAUGAUUAUUUAAUUUACAGUGUUGGUCAAGAUUCUAAAUUAAAUGUUUGGGAUAUUAGGAAACUUGGUUCUGAUGAUUCAUCUACCAAUAACCAUAGUAAUGUAUCUAGUUAUAGUUUUGAUAUUAUGAGUGGAUCAUCUUUUGGAGGAAAUACCAGUUCAUUUGGAUCUCAUAUAAUGGAUAGUACGGAACAUUGUAAAAUUAAUUCAAUUUCAACCAAUUUUGGCACACCAUUUUGUUGUCAUGUUGGAAAAAUUAAGGAUAAAUCUGUAAUAUUUGUUGGAUCUACAAAUGGUUCAUUACAAGCACUUUCAUUGAAUGAUGAUCAUUCAUACACAAUUGAGAAAAGAUAUAAUAGUCACUAUUCAGAUAUUACUUGCUUGAGUGUGGAAAAUGAUAUUUUAGUGAGUGGAGAUAAUUCGAAUCAUGUAAAAAUAUUUUCAGUAGAAAAUAGUGAACCAAUUAUUUCAUUAAGUGAACACUCUGAUAAGGUUACAUCUUGCCAAGUUAUUGGAUCACAUGUUUACAGUGGAUCAAUAGAUGGAACUAUUUGUCAAUAUUCUCUCGAUGCAUCAAAUAAGAGUGUCAAAUUAUUAAGAACAAUUGAAAGACUUUCAAUGCAAGUAUUUUCACUUUGUGUUAGUAAGGAUAAAUAUCUUUAUUGUGGAAGUGAUGAGGAGGCACUGAGAUGUUGGGAUUUAAAUUUAUAA